GCAGUCAGCAGCAUAGCAGAAAAAUCCGAAGGUGUUCCAGUAACGUCCCCUGUCCUGGGACUCUUUGAAAGGGGACACGGAUGGACUGGUUGCUGCGUGUCCUGGCAGAGAGAAACCACUUGUCCACCUGGUAGAGAAAAUGGAUAAACUUGGAAAGCAUGGCCGUACUGCGUUUGUUAGGACUCGGAUUCCUAGACCCCAGAUCGUAUUACAGCCAAUCCAGUCUUCAGGUCACUCAGGUUUUUGCAGCAUCAGAAAUUGUCCUUGCAAAAUGAGCCGUUUUACUCGGAAAAGCUCCUUCGAGCUCCUGCAAGAGUGCAAGAAUUCCAGGGCAGAUUCCUCGAGCAACUUAUCAAUGGAUACAUUUUGGCUAGAGGUAGAGAGCAUCAAAGAGAAUACGGAAUCUGAGCCAGUGGAGUCCAACCUUAUGGAUGCCAGACCCCCAGAAGAGGGCGAAGCUGAAGCCGAAUGGCUGCAAGAUGCAGGGCUCUCGGACCUGAUUGGAGACCCUGCUGUGGAGAACGGCAACAUGGCCCUGCUUUCUACUUUGACCAAGACCCAGGCUGCCGCUGUGCAGCGGCGGCUGGAUACUUACACCCGUUCCCGGCGGAAGAAGAACAAGCAGCCCGUCCGUGACGUCAGAGACAUUUUUGGAGUGAUUGACUCUGCGGAGCCUGAAUCAGGGAUGGAACCAGACAUAGAUCGAUUGCACUGCAGGUCUGCAUCGUCGAACAACAUCCAGAAAUCAGAUACAAUGGGGAUCCCAGACUUCCCAUCACCACUGAGGGGUUCUAUAAAAGAAGAGAUGUUCAAUACUGAAACUGCUUAUUCGGAGCAGGCAGCCAUCCUGUUCAAAGGAUCAUUUCCGAGAGAAUCUAGAAGGAUAAAGGAUGAGAGCUGUUUACCUAAAUUUAAGAUCCCCAAGGGCAGACUGGGGGUGACCAGGAUAGGAGAUCUCUCUCUACAGGAUAUGAAGAAGAUCCCCACGCUCGCCCUCAUUGAGCUUACUGCUCUCUGUGAUGUUGUAGGCGUGGAGCUGAAGAGAAACAAGGCAGUAAAACGGAAGACAGCAGAGCAUAAACUCUUUGGCGUUCCACUUUGCACUUUAUUGGAAAAUGAUCAAAAGCUCUACCCAAAUACCAGAGUUCCAUUGGUUCUGCAAGCAUUGCUGUCCUGUUUGGAAAAGAAAGGGCUGGAUACUGAAGGAAUCCUGAGAGUUUCUGGAUCACAGACCCGCAUUAAGAGCCUGGAACAAAAACUAGAAAGUGAAUUCUAUUCUGGCUUUUUCCGGUGGGACGAGGUCCAUCAGAAUGAUGUGUCUGGAUUGCUGAAGAGGUUCAUCCGGGAACUUCCCAAUCCUCUGUUGACAGCAGAAUACUUGCCGGCAUUUGCAGCUGUGCAGAACAUCCCAGAUCUGAAGCAGAGGUUGCAAGCUCUCAAUCUCCUUAUACUGAUUUUGCCAGAGCCUAACCGAAACACCCUUAAGGCUCUGCUGGAGUUUCUGAGGCUGGUGGUUACCAGGGAGAAGAGAAACAAGAUGAAUCUUUGGAAUGUUUCCACAGUCAUUGCUCCAAAUCUCUUCAUGCACAAGGGAUUGCCGAACAAGAUCCCAGAGGGGAAGGAGAAACAGCUGGCAGAGGGUGCGGCAGACAUUGUACGGAUGAUGAUCCAUUACCAGGAUUUGCUCUGGACUGUUGCAUCUUUCUUAGUGGCUCAAGUGAGAAAACUGAAUGAAAGCAGCAGCAGGAGAUACCAGUUCUAUGACAGGAGGAUCAAAAACUUGCUGAAAAAGAUUCAUACAGACAAGGAGAAAACGGAGAAGAACCAUGUCAAGCCUUCCAUAACAGUGAAAGUCCAGACCACCCUGUUCCUGAAGGACUCUCUAGAAGUUCAUUUAAACAAUGGGACCAGAGCUGCUGAUGUCCUCAAGCAGUUCCAGAAGCACCUUUGUCAGAAUGGCUGGAAUAUUGCCAACACAGUCAACCUCAUCAAAUGCAAUGGUUCGGUGGAUUCAAUGAACCUUCUCCUCUAUGAAGUUGGCGGCAACAUAGGUGAACAUUGCCUGGACCCUGAUACAUAUCUCUUGGACCUGUACCACGUGAAUCCCCAUGCAGAAUGGAUUAUAAGGCAAAACCCAUCCUUCCCACGGACAGUCUAGGAAGAAUGUUGGGAGAAAAAGAACCCAACCACAGAUUCUGUUGAACAAAUGGUCAAAGGGAAAGAAACCAAGAAUAGAUUAUGCAUUGAAAAACACUUAAAAAUGGACCAACUGGCUGUGAAAAAGUAGCAAAUCCACUAAAAUGUUCAUAUGAGCUUGUAGCCAAUGGAAGAUGACUUCAGGUUAACAGGACUUCAGGACUUAUACAGUAUGAAUGCCUGUAGUAAAGGACCUCCAUACAUGCAAGGAAAGGGAUAAAAGGAGACUUGUGUCCUUGAAGAAACUGAUGGAGAUCAUCUGGUUUGAGGUCUGAUUAAUUUAUUAGAGAAAAUUAGGGUCUUCACUUUGGAGGAUGGAGACACCAAAGGCUCAACUUGUAGCUGGUUAAUGACUGUUUAUAAUGAAGCUGAAUGCUUCCUUGAAGGAAUAUGGCUUGUUGGAUAGGUGCAUUUUGACAUGUUAUGUUUCUGGGGGGAGUAAUUGACAGUCAUAUUGACCAGACGUUAAGAGAGCUCUGGGAAUUCUGUUUUCAGAAUUCUGCUGUCCAAGCACCCUGGUGCUGAAACAUUACUAUGCACAACUGUAGGUAUGGAAUGUCAUCUCUGAUGAGUUCUAGCAUUACAGUUUAACAUAUAUCUUUUUGUAUAUUGGUAUGUACCCAAGGUUUUUGUAAUGAUUUUUUUUUAAUGUCCUAAGAACAUCUUCCUGCUUGCUCAGGCACAGUAAACCACUUCAGUAUUACCAUAUUACUCUUUAACCUUCUCCAACUUCAGAUUGAAUUUCAUAUCCUGUCUGGCUUUUGGGGCCUACAUUUAACCUUCAUUGCUUACUUCACAUAAUAAUUAUUUUUUAAAAGACAUUGCAAGUAUGGAUUUUUUUUCUUUCUCCAUACCCUUAAAUGUCCUCUGAAUACAUACAACACAAAUAAUUCAUAAAAAUCUGAGCCAUACGAUGUUUUUAGUCUUGUUAUAUUUUGCGUUAUUUUGAUAUUAAUUUUUAAAUGUUGUGUUUGUAGGCAUAUUUGUGAAAUGCCAAAAUAACCACCUAAAUGUGCAGAGGGUUUAAACGUGAUAGUUUUAGGUGCCUCAGUGUUUGGAAUUUCACUUUAAGAUGGCCAAUUUAUUUUUAAAAGCUCAGAAUUGAACAGAGACUUUUAAAAAGAAUAUGUUGGCCCCUUUCAGUGUGGUAUACUUAUGAAGGCUAUACCUUUUUGGAAUAAAAUCUUAGCCAAAGAUCAUUAGAAGAACAAAACAUGAACAACUUAUUUGAAUAUAUGUAUUGCCAGAAGCUUGCCUGCCUUUAGCCAGAAAGGAGUGGUCUUUUGGGUGGAGUAGAGUUUGGGAGAAUUUAUAUUUGUUAGCAUAAUGCAAGAAUCUAGGCUCUAGAGUGUUGAAUUACACAUGCAAUAUGCACAUAUGCAUCAGAACCCAAAUGCCCUUCAGAGAAGCAGCCUUGGGAGGAUGGGACUGAGAGCAAAGAGGCAAAAUGUAUAUCUGAAACUCCAUGUGGUGGGGUGAGGAGAAAAUGCUGGGAAAGUUUGGAACAGGAAUUCAAGUGACAGCAAAAGGGUUAAAUGUCCCUCCUUGCUUCUCUACUCUAAAUUGCACCAUCCCAAAUCUGCUUUUCUAAAGAGGAGAAAAAGUCUUCAGGGCUCCAAGUGUAUAUUUAGUUCCUAAGAGUUGCCAUUCAGAUAGUGCAGCGUGUAUGUUUGUACGCUGAAGUAUGGAAUAAAUCCUGAACUAGUUCCCUGCAUUUCCUCUCCCAGCCCCAUAUAUUCUGUGUUCCGGUGAAUUUUUAACAGUUUAGUUAAAAAUGGCUUGUUGAAGUGGCAAAGCUAGUUCUCUGGGGUUAAGGAGUGGAUCACAGAGUGGAAUUAGACUAUGCGUAAAGUGUAUGGCUACAUGAAGUUGUCAUUCAAAAAUGACAAUAUUCCCCCUCUUAUGACAAUAUUCCAAGGACCUUCUGUGUCCUGGCACUGUUGUGCUGAGUGUUUCGUCCCCCACUCCCCCAGCUAGUGAUAGCCAAAGAUGGGGUGGGUUGUAGGGCAUGGAGCUUAAUGAUGCCAGGAUGAAGGUUUAGUUGUGCUCGAACUUAGGAAAGGGGAAAAUAAUCUCUCCAUGUGGAUGUAGUCCUCAGCAUCAGCUGCAGCUGUGUGUUUAAUGUCUGGUUCUGCCCAGUGAAAGAAUAACGCCUCCUCCAAUGCAUAAUGUUCCACUGUUGCGUUUCCCUUCCUUCAGGAACCUUAACUGAAGAAUAAAUAAAUAAAUAGAGGCAUCCUAUAAACUAGGGGUUCCCAACCUGUGUUUCUCCAGAUGUUACUGAAUUACAACUCCCAUCAUCCCCAGCUAGGAAUGGUGGGAGUUGUAGUUCAGCAACAUCUGGAGCACCAGGUUGGAAACCCCUGCUAUAAACCAAUAGGAUGUGCUAGACAGGCUGGGUAUAUUGGACAUAUUUUUUCUGAUAAGAAUAUUUCUGCAUCAGAGCCUAAAUGGGAGAUGAAGUUGCCCCUAGCUCCUCUAGAAUAUGGUAGGUACAUCUCGCUCUAGAAAGGUACAUCUUGCUCUAGAUACACUACACAUAAUCUAACUCAUGGCACUGUGUCUAGUACAAAGUAGUCUGUAUAGAAGUUGCAAGCCAUGGAACAAUGCAAAUUUCCAGGUAGAGAAAAUGCUUUGAUCCAGGAUGAGACACAGUACAAGGUUCCCGACUAAGUAGUAAUGGAUAAAAGGGGGAUAUUGCUGGUAUUUAUGAAAAGUCCAAGGUACCAAAGGGGCAGAUCCCUACUCUUUUAAGAUAUGAGGCCUAUUUUGUCCUGGUAACAUCUUCCCGUUUUGUAUUCAUAGCAAACCUUAAUGAAAAGCAAGGGAAUAGCUGAACAUUACUUCAUUAGACUCCUCAAAUGCUAACAAACCAAUUUGUAAUGAGUAUUGUGAAAAACGAUAUGAGGGAACCAAUCAGGAAAAAAUGGACUGUAGCUAUAACACUUGAGAGGAAACGGUGUAGCCCUGUCCAUGCUUUUGAUGUUCUUUGAGAGCAUUUUCAUAUCUUUUGUCUCUAGAAAAGAGCAGUUUUAUUGACAGGUGUCAAACCAAUGAGGCAUAAUAUGUAAAGCUCACUUGUGCGUUUUUUUUAAACAUGGUUUAUAUUAACAUUUUUAAUGCUGUAUUUAAGGUUAAUCAAUAAAGAACUAGACACAUUUGCAAAAUA